AUGGAAAAAAAGGAAGAGGACUGCACUCAUGACCUGCAACAGCAAGAAUGGUAUUGGGCGAAUGCUUCCAAAGAGGAAAUUGCUUCAGCUAUAUGUGAUUGUCCAAAUGGUACAUUUUGUGUGCGCGAUGCUUCAACUAAAGGAAACUAUACUCUUACGCUUAGAUAUGGUGAGAGGAAUCGUUUAAUAAGGAUUAUCGUUGCUGGCGAACACUGUGGUUUUACGGAAGAUAUGUUAAAAUUUGAGUCAGUUGUGUCAUUAAUUGAUUACUAUCGAAGGAAUUCCUUGUUGGAAUACAACCGACAGCUUUCUACUGAACUUCUUUAUCCUCUUCGUAAACCAAAUUUCCAACAGACUUCGUGGAUUAUCGAUGGUUUACGCAGUGUGGAACAUUUGCUCUGUCAGUUACGUGGUUUACACGCUGCUCAUUUGCGCGUUAUCCGGCACGAUGAUAAGAUUACGGCAGAGCUUGAUUCUUUAAAAGAAGAAUUAAAAAGGAAGCGACUAGCACAUGCUGCAUUUACUGCUGCAUACGCACUUUUCUUGAAACAAGUAGAAUUGCUUGAAAGCAAUAAGCAGUUUUUAUUCGAUGAAUCCGAAAUUGCACAAGCAAACAAAAAUAAGGAGGCUCAACAGAGAAGACUGGAAAGUAUACGUUAUCAACAGCAGCAAAUGAUUGAGCAAAUUGAAGCGAUCGAAAAAAGAAUUGGGGAAAACGAAACUCUGCAUUGUGGUUUAACUCCAAGGCUUUGGAAAUUCCAUAAAGAAUUGGAUACAUGUCAGUUCCGUCUCUCGCAACUUAACGUUUCGCAGGCAGCAAUAGAUAAAGUGUUACAAGAAGUGUCGCUUUUGGCUGACCUGGAACAAGAACCACUGACAAGAAUACUGCUUCAGUUAACACUGCGAUGGCAACCUGAUAGAUAUCUUUCGCUUGAUUGUACAAAGGAUAGUGCUUUUAAAAUUAUACGAUCGUUGAUGGACUGUAAUCCUGAUAAUUCAAAUGGAAUAUUUUUGAUUCGCCCUAGUCAGUCCCAAGCAGGUCACUAUGCACUGACUAUAUCAAAUGAAAAUCAUAUAUUUAAUUGUCUAAUUGAAUACAGAGAUUUAAAACAUCCAGAAUCGUCGGGAUAUGCAUUUCUAAACACGAAAUUAUUUUUCACUUCUUUGGUCGACUUUGUGCGAUAUUACAGCCAUUGUUCAAUGAAGGAACACAAUGCUCAGUUAGAUACCAAACUCAGAAUACCAGCCUUCAAGGGCACGUUGUAA